AUGUCUGAGACCGCAGCUUGGCCGCCGCCUAACGGCGUCACCUCCAAGAUUGUCCCGCGAGACAGCGCCGUCCUCCAGAUCUCCUACUCCACAGCCGUAUGCGCCCCGGCACCGCUUGUAUUUGACACUAUCCUUCGCGCCGCGGACUAUCAAGCAUGGAACACGUGGGUCCCCCGAGCCGAAAUCCUCACACAGUCCUCUUCCCCCGAGCGCCUAGAAGACCAAAAUGUGCAAGACCGUAUGAGCAUCGGCUGCACGAUGCGUUUCACAGUCGUCAUGAACACGGAUAAGCCGAACGAUGUCACUCUCACACCGCUGAAGGUCGUAGACAUCUGCACGCCCUCCUCGCCGACAUCGUACCUCACGCCGGAGCUACUCGAAGACCAAACGUUCACAGCCGAUCUCAGCAAGGUAUACAGGGUUAGUUGGACGGGCAACGGGGGCAUGUACGCUUUUGGCAUGAAAUUGGAGAGAUUUCACGAAGUCAUCGUCACCGGUGAGAACGAGUGCGAGGUUCGGACCUGGGAGAUUAUGAGCGGCAUACUGUCAAGAGUCGUCAAGUUGAUGUACGAGGAUACGUUGAAAAGCAAGGUCGGCCUUUGGUGUGAAGACCUGAAGAGAUACUGCGAGGAGAUGCACAAGAGCCCGAACACAGAGAACGCUGUAUUGGCACAUGUGAGAUGGGAGAUCCUGUCGAUUAGCGACAAGUAG